AUGUCCUCUGUCAUAUUGGACAGUGAAGCGUCGUUCCGGGAAAGAUGCAGUAAAAUAGGCCUCAGCAACGAUCUUCUAGGUAAGUUGAUUGAAGCCGGUUACAACACAUUUGGAAAGCUGGCAUUCGCCGCAUCAUCUACACCGCACGGUCUGACAGAUGAAGCUGUCGACUCAUGGUUAGCCACUGUAGUCACCCCGGCUCCUGGUUCCUUUCAGGUUUCAGUGAUCCGUAGGUUGCUGUUUGAAUCGCAAUCACUCAAUGUGGCGGACCUCAAGUCUAGGGUCGAAGGGACUCCAGAAGGUUCCGUGCGCCGCCUGCCCCAGGCCGAACGAAAGGAGCGGAUUGAGGCGCAGCAUCGUAGGCUGUCGGGUCUCAUCCUAACUUCUCAUACAACCCCUGCCCAUAGCUGCAUCGACCUUGUGACCGACAUGUACGAGAAUAACACACUCAAGUACAUUCCGAUUAACAGAUGGAUAUCCCGCUUCCAAGAGAUGUCUCCCCAGAAGAAGGAUUCUGCCGUUCAGAUGGACAACGAGGGCAACCUAAAGGUGAUCCAGAAAAAGCCGGAGCCGACGUGCGACACCGCAGGCAUGUACCCUCUCCGGCAGGCCUUCCAGAGACGGUCGCUAGCCUUUGAUCUGGGUCACUUGUGUAGCUUUGAAGCUAUGGAAACUUGGAUCAACAAGCUCUUCGAAGCAGUUCAACGCACCGUGCCAAAGGGAUAUGUGGCAGUUAGCUUGGGACAAGUUGUUACGGCAGAUCGCGAGCUUUUUGUCCGGUUGGCCGACAUGCUUGAGGGACAAUUGCAGAAACCCAUAGGUGUUGAAAAACCCAUGGAUGCUGCCUUGCGCGAUCUAUCGGGAAGCCAGGAGAUAAAUCAGUUUCUUCAGCCGCUUGUAGCUCCUCCUCCUGCCCCUCACCCAACGAAGCGCCCUUUCAAGGAGCUUACCACGCCAACCAAAGGUGACGGGAAGGGUAAGACGCCCAACAAGGGCGGUGAAAAGGGCGGAGGCAAGGCAUCCCGUGUGACCAUUCCGGAUGGCUGUGCAGCCAAAGAUCCUCAGGGCAAGCCGAAUUGUUUUGGGUUUAACUUGGGUACAUGCAGGCUCAAGGCGCCUGACCUCGUGGCCACUUCGGAUUCUGCCCCUAGCGAUGCUGAGGUCCUCGCGCAGGCCAUUUUGGCCAGAGGGAGCCUCCUCGCAGCCUCCGAGCAGCUUCAGUUGUGGGGCAUACGCAAAAGGGAGGUGGCAUCUGGAUCGCUGAUGGAUGCGGAACAGCCGCCUGUGAAAUCCGACUCCUGGGUUUACGAGCUUUUCGCUGGCAGUGCACGUUUCAGCAAGGCAAUCUUUUGGGAUCUCAUUAAGGAGUGCCCUCCUUUUCACGUGCAUGCAUCGCCCCCUGCGGGCCUGCCGUCACUGAGUGCCGCGUCUCAGCAGAGCCUUGCAGUGCGCAGGGACAAUGUGCUGUACCGUUUCGUUUACAAGCUUCUACUGCAUUGUUCCGCUUCAGGCAUCAAUGUCAGUGUUGAGAAUCCUCGGAAUUCGCUUUUCUGGAAGGUUCUUCAAUGCUUUGCUGAGGCCGAGGGCUUGCUUUGGCCGCCGGCCGCCUUGGAGUACGUUGAUUUCGACCAGUGUUGUCAUGGUUCCGAUCGACCCAAGUCCACUCGCUUCUUGUGCACUCGAGGCUUGUUCCACUCGCUUCGAGCUACUUGUCCAGGCAAUCACGUGCAUCGCCCGUGGGGCCUUGUGUUCCAUGAGCGUUCUAUGCAGUUGUCGUCUUCUUUGGUGUCGGCAUACCCCGUUCUGCUCUGCAAACGCAUGGCCUCCUGUCUGGAGAGCGCGGCUUCGUUCCUGGGUCUAUCUUUGCAGGCAUCUCCUGACUUGGCAGCCAGCUCUGUUGCAGUUCUUGGUCGGCAGCACCGCCGAUUCCCUCCCUUGAUUCCUGAGUUUCGCAAGGAUGGCGGGAGAGAGAAGGCAGCCGAGGACAGCAAUGCAGUUGACAAUGCAGCUGUGUUUGAAGGACGGGUUACUGGCGACAAGGAGUUAAACCCUCCUGCUAAGCUCCCCAGAGUCGCGAAUAAGGUUUCCAGCAAGGUUCACUCCUCUGGUUUCCCUAACGGUUCCGACCCGCCCCAGGGUUCGGUUAAGGUGGGGUGGUACUUGUCGAUGCAGGAUCACGUGGCAAAGGCCUUGACCUUAAAGCAUCCCGUCGACACUGCCGUAGCCCUUGAUCAGGAUCAGCUUGAUGCCAUCAGCUUCUGCAUGAAAAACACAGAGAAAGAGGUGGUAGAUCAUCGUAAGCUUCAACUUAUGAAGAUAAAGAUCCUUGCCAAAAAGUUUGAGGCCGACGAGGCUCGAUUGCAUUCUUCUUUCGACCCUUGGUUCGAAAAGGUUGUUGCGGGAAAGCGUCUUGUUUUGUGGAAGCACCUUCUUGAACAGAACGGUUUCGAUGACAUGCAAGUCUGCGAUUUCAUGAUGUCAGGCGUCCCGAUUGUCGGGCAGUCAGCCUGCCCUCCGCCUUUCAGCAAAAAGAUUGUGCCGGCGACCAUGUCGGAACAGGAUCUCAAAAGCACUGCAUCAUUCCGCCGAAGGGUCAUGACUGGAUCCAGUGGCAUGCAAGCAGCCGACCUUCAGGAUUUGCUGUCGAAGGCUACGAUGGACGAAGUCGAUCUGGGUUUUCUGGAAGGCCCUUACACCGAAAGUCAAGUGUCUGGCUUAUUCCAUUCAGAAGAUUGGAACUGCAUACGAAGAUUCCUGAUCCUUCAAGGAGCCGAGAACAAACCUAGACCCAUUGAUGACGGGCACGAGGCUUUGAUCAACAAUUGCUUCACGGCCACCAUAAAGUUAGAGCUCCAGAGUUCCGACUUUGUUGCAGCUCUAGCAACAAGGAUCGCCAUUGAAGAGGCCGAGAGAUCUCGCGCUACAGGCGAGCCCCCUCGAUCGUGGCUGGGCAAGUGCCUUGAUUUAUCUAAGGCGUACAAGCAGAUGCCUAUGAAGAAAGAGCAUCGCUCUCUAGCUGUGAUCUACCACAAGGGCCCGGCUGGCGAGGAUCAAUUCUUCAUUGCAAACUCGCUGCUCUUCGGACUCGCUGCUUCGGUGUACGGGUUCGUGCGCACGAGCAGAAGCCUUCACAAACUGCUGCUGAAGAUAUUCAAGCUUCCUAGCUCAGUGUACUUUGACGACUUUCCGAUGUUUUCGACAUCGCUCGCUUCUAGCGACACUGACGGCAUCAUCAGCGAAUUCUUAGAUCUUCUGGGCUGGAGCCACGCCAAGACAGGCAGCAAAUCACAUCCCUUUGCGGAGGUUUUCUCCGUUUUGGGAAUGCAGAUCGACUUGAGCAACAUGUCGGAGAGAAGCAUCGUCCUGUCGAACAAACCUGGCAGGAUCGAUCGGAUCGUGGAGAAGCUUGAAUCCGUGGCUGCUUCGGGUUUCCUCACGAUUCACCAGGCACAGAUUUUGCUGGGCUUGCUCAACUUUUCAUCGGGUUUCUUUGCCGGUCGUGCCCUCAAGCACUCGUGCAAAUGGCUAUCUGGUUUCCUGGCUGGAGACAGGCCUUCGCCAAAGACAGUCAGCGAGAUGUGCAGGCACACGAUCAAGAUUCUUGUGAGCACACCGCCCCGCUUCAUAAGUUGCGAUUCGACCGGCGAGCCUCCCAUCCUGGUAUGGACUGAUGGAGCUUGGGAGCCUGCCAAAGCCUUCGCCGGGAUCGGUGCAGUGAUUCUCGAUGCGAGCAGCGGCGUAUCCAGAGUCUUUCAAGGGCAAGUUCCCGAGCGCCUUGUGGUUCGCUGGCGUGAGGAGGUCGGGGAGCAAAUCAUCUGUGAGGUGGAGCUUUAUGCCCUCCUGAUGAUCAGGGCCGGCCUUCAGAAUUUUCUUUCAGGAAAGAGAAUCAUUUUCUUCAUUGACAACGAUGCCGCUAGAUCUGUGGUGUUGCGUGGUCAAAGCAGAAGUGACGCGAUGCAUCGCUUGGCCCUGGCUUUGUCUAUGGUCGAUGCCGUCGCCCCUUGCAUUUCUUGGAUAGAGAGGGUGCCAUCCUCAUCGAACAUCGCAGAUUGGCCCUCCAGGGGCGAAGGCUGGAAAGCGCAGAAAGUCGUUCGUGCGACAGAGGUUGAGCCUUACCUUGUUGACCAAUCUUUGAUUGAUGCCUACCUGCUCUGA